GGUAUUCCUGUUGCACGAGAGUUUACCUCCCAUGCUUGGCUAAGUCCUCAAGCGCGCAUAUGAACAUCUCAAAGAACCGCACUACGAGAAAAAUUCUAUAAGAUUAUAAUGAUUUUAUACUAAUAUUUGCCUAAAUAUUUUGACAAAUAUUUAUGUGAUUCCUUCAAUGUUUUUCGUUAUCAGUGGUGGAUAUUGAUAAAAUUAGAUUUUUUGAGCACUUAUCAAAAUUAAACCAAAAUUUAAAUUUUUGUUGUUGAUAGUUUUGGAAAUCGGUUGCCAAACUCAGAAAAGUUCGUUCAAUCCGUCUGUUUGGUUUAGCCGAACCAAAUGGCGGGCCUAAGGCUGAGAUGGUUCCCCUAGCCAAACUCAAUGCCUCUAUAUACUCUAUGGAGUUUGUGCAAUUGCCUUCGAUUUUUGAACCAUUCGCAUCCACUAACGAAAACUAUGCUUUCUCCGGCGAGUGUCCGGCGAGCUAUUGGAGUCUCAGCCACCAUCCAUCGUCUUCUCGAAAGCUCUCAAUCCGCCAUGGCUUUCUCAGAAGCUGUUUUUGACUAGUAAUGGAACCAAACUCAUCUAGGGAAGAUUUGGUCAUCAAGGCAAGAAAGCCAUAUACAAUUACCAAGCAGCGAGAGCGAUGGACACAUGAGGAGCAUAAUAAGUUUCUUGAAGCCCUGAAGCUCUAUGGCCGAGCAUGGCAGCGCAUUGAAGAACAUAUUGGAACAAAGACUGCUGUGCAGAUCAGGAGUCAUGCUCAGAAAUUCUUUUCAAAGCUGGAGAAGGAGGCACACGUUAAUGGUGUUCCCAUAGGACAAUCAAUUGGCAUUGAUAUUCCGCCUCCGCGUCCCAAAAGAAAACCAAGCAAUCCUUAUCCUCGAAAGUCUUGUUCAGCUGCAUCGACAUGUGCCACAUUGCAUGUGGGAGCAAAGGUUGGAAAACUUUUGUCAUCAGCAUCUUCUUCACGCUAUAAACAAGUAGUCGACUUGGAGAAAGAACCACUUCAUGAGAGACCUUUUGGAGAAGAAAAGGCAAAUAAUGCAGAAAAUCAGGUAGCCAAUUGCGCAGAAGUCUUCACCUUGCUCCAAGAUGAUCAUUGCUCCUCUGUUUCUUCUGCAAACAAUAAUGCCAUACCCUCACAGGUAGCACUCGGAAAUGCUUGCACUUUUAGGGAUGCAACAAAUGAAUCUCAUGUCACUAUUAAACUUAAAGGAAAUCAGAAUUUGAAGAAAAUUGAUGCCAAAAUGAUAGUUGGCGAUACUGGCACAAGUGGAGCUCCAAAUUUGGGGAACACUAAUAAUGCUUUUCAAAAGGAGUUGGUUCAAGGUGAGAAAUUUUCAAGUAUUACUGUGUCUUCUCUGUUACAAAAUCCUGCAGCCCAUUCUGCGGCUAGCUCUACAGCUGCAUUUUGGCCUUAUGCAAAUGUGAAAAAUAGGGAAGACCCCCCAAGUAUGGCAGCAAUUGCUGCUGCCACUGUAACUGCUGCAACUGCUUGGUGGGCAGUCCAUAGACUGCUUCCUCUUCAAACUGAUUUUAGCUGUUCUCCCAUCUCUAUGACCGGGGUUCCAGUUCCAUCAAUGGAUACUGGUCAAGCUCCUCCAGCCAAGAGAGAGAGAGGAGAGAGUUCUCUUCAAAUUCCUUCCUUGCAGGAUCAACAAUUGGACUCAAAACACACGGAAGCUGUGGAAGCUCAACAUUCAAACAUUGCAAAGGCUAAUACUGAUGAUGAGAAGGACGUUGCGUCAACUGAAGAAGUUCAUGAUUCAAACCAUGCAAGGAUAAGAAAAAAGCAGGUUGACCGUUCCUCGUAUGGUUCCAACACACCAUGCGACAGCGAAGACGAGACAGCUGCAAUAGAGAAGAAUGAGAAAGGGAAGGAAGAACUAAAAGAGCCUAAUACAAGUCACCCAGCUGCUGAGUAUAGUCAACGUCGCAGUAGAUGUGUCAGCAACAUGUAUGAUUCAUGGAAAGAGGUCUCUGAAGAGGGGCGCCUGGCCUUUCGUGCACUAUUCUCAAGAGAUGUAUUACCCCAGAGUUUUUCACUUACACAGGACCUCAAGAUUAAGGGGCAUCAGAAUGACGGUAUGGAAGACUGAAAGAAAAGUUGAAACGUAAAUUACUCAAAAAAAAGAAAAAAAAGUUGAAAAACGUUUCAACGUUGUUGAAUGGGACCUGACUUUUCACCAUAUACUAACCAUCUAGAAAAGCUAAUGUUCUAGUAGUGCUACAUCAGCAAUGUUGAAAUUUGGUUUAUCUUGAAACCAAAAGUUAAAGCUUGACCUUUUAUGAGAUAUUGGAGAACAUAAAAGUGGAAUUCGAUUCCCGCGGAUGUCAUAGUCCUCCAAUUUCUUGGCGAAUUUUCACACCUUCUUUAUCAAGUUGGUAGGCUGAUGCCAUGGACUAUUUGAAGCAGCUGAAUUGAAUUUUCUUUUUACUAUUUUUAGAUGCUUCUAAAAUAAUUUGGGUCAAAAAGUGAGAGCGUACUUAUGCGGUCGAAAUGUAGAAUAGGUGGAGGAAGUGUAAAGUGUUUUAAAACAGGAUGUUUUUUUUGGUCAAAUAAAAUAACACAUGAAGUUGAGACA